CACCAUUGCGGGUCCGUCCAAUGCGUAUUACCCCAUUGUGACAAAUAUCACACCAAGGUCAUUAUGCUCCAUUGCAGACAGAAUCUAGUGGGGGCUCAAACGUGGCGCGAGCUUCCUUUACUCUCGACGAGACAGCAUCUACCUAGGUCUCGUAGGCGUAAAACCCGCCAGACCUCGAAUGAUUUGAGUUCGUUUGUUGCACUAUCAAAUUGUCAAUGCGCAAGUGCAGACGCCAGAAUGCCUCCGACGACUAUGGACCGGGCAAGUUUGGUCCGUACACGCUAGCGGAUACUAGUGCCAUGAUCAUGACCAUGCCUGUUCACGACCCAAAGCCUGUCGACAUCACGAGGAGAUUUAGGGUUAUGGAACAGGACAAUACCUACCCCGAUGCAUCCGGAAACGUCUCUGACUACCACUCGCCCCAGUUGACCUGCGUACGCUCAUGCGAUUGGACCGACCAGCCGUGUGGCCUGUUCAUAGAGGUGGAUAAGAUCUGCAUCGAAGACUGGUUUUGGCAUGGGGUUGAAACGAAGAGAACUACUCCGAGUCCCUGCCAAUUCGAGGGUUGCUCGGACGCAGGGACGAUAAUGUUCCUGAGCCAUCAUAUCGAAGGGGUCCACUUCGCUGCGACCGAUUCUUUGACUCGGCAUCAGAAGGGGUGCAAACCAUUGCUUGCUAGCAGGGCCCAUGCUGAGCAUAGUUCCGUCUUCAAGAGAUCAAGUCAGUUUCUGGAUACAUCGUUCCUGCCAAUAACACAACUUAGGACAGCGUCUGAGUAUUGUCGAAUCUGAUUCUUGACACAACUUCUCUCCACGGCUGACGACACUCAUUCCAUAUCUAUUACUGACAUUUCUCUAGACUAUUCUCUCUACGGCUAACGACACUCGUUUCAUUCUGUUACCAACAUUCCUUCGGAAAUUUAUUCUCUCUACGGUUAAUCACACUCGCUUCAUUCUAUCACCGACAUUCCUUUCGAAUAUUCGUUAAUUCCGUCCUUGCCCAGUGCAUCUUCUAUAUGGUUAUUGGUUUAUCUUUAUGGCACACUGGACGU